AACUUGUUCUGUAGCUUCAGCGAGAAGUGUCACACUCUGUCAUUCUUUACAAAAUAGAAUUAUGAAGUUAAACAAUCUCGUAUGUCAAGAACCUCUUCGUCAGCAUUCACCACUUUGGUACACACCGGUCGUCUUGUGCCCUGUCCACGAGGGAACGUGCUGAACAGCUGAUAUAUUUGCAAAAAAUAGUACAUGAUAUUGAAAGGAAAACUGUCGAUACACGUCAUCUUUGAACUGUUGUUGGCUCAAGCCAGGGUCAGUUUUUUCAUACAAACACAACAGCCAGUUUUCUAUGCAACUUCAAUUAUUGUAAUAUGACGAACAAGUGGUCCGUCAGGAAAAUAUCCAUACGCCGAACACCGGUGAGUUGGUUGUACAGUAGUGUUUACACAGUGCGUGCAUAACGUACGUCAAAGUGGUUUUGUUCCUAUUAUUGUUGUUAUGUGAAGGUUAGUUUGCAAGAGUAUAUGCUUUUGUUGGCAAGAUGUUAAAUUCCAUUUUUAUACCGAUAGCUACAAUCAUUAUCAUAGCUUGUGGCUAGGUGGAUUGAACUCGCAUCUCUUUGGAGUAAUCAUUGCAAAGGCAGCCAUUUUGUAUGGAUUCCGGUUGACGAAUUGAAAUAUUUUCCAUAAAUACUCUGUUUCUUGAAGAGGGAGGAGUUCUGAAAAAUGACAUCGUUUUGUCCGUUGUUUACAUCAGUUAUUUAUUUCAUAGGCUCUUUUUGUUUGUAAAUGUGUUGUAAAGUAGUAAUUAGUAUUGAGGUUGGAGAACUUCAAGUACGUCUUAAUUAAUGUAAGGCAGAAUUGUUUUUGAAAAUGAAUUCAAAUGGUAAUUAUUUUAAGAUGUUCCAAAACUCCUCCACGUCGGCACAUUUGGAUUUCGAGAUUUGCACAGUCAGAAUGUAGCUAGCAGGCAAAAUAAAUUAUUUUAUAUGAAGUUGACAUUACUGUUCACACCAGUUUUUAUAGACUUAAUGUCAUUCUUGUGGAUUAAUUGACAUACUGCACUGCAUAAAUAAGCAAUGACUAUGACCAGAGGCCAAGGUGUAGCUGUGGAUCCACCUGAUGGGCCAUCAAGUACACCUGUUUCGCAACCACAGAUAUCAGCUGGCACAGGUGCUAGUCUUGAACCUGGAGAAGGCUCACCCAGUGACCCACAAUUACCAACUACAGUUGGUAGUAGUAGCAGCAGCAGUGAAUUGAUAAGAGAAGAAAAUAAUGGCUCUGUACCUCCCAUGACAUUGGGACAAGAGCCUGACUUCCCACUUGCUAAGUUGGCCAUGUUGGAUGAAAAAAUUUCAAGCCCACGAUGGGUAGUUCCUGUAUUGCCUGAUCAAGAACUCGAAGUUCUUUUAAAUGCAGCAAUUGAUCUCUGUAGGAAAGAGACUGUUCCUCCAGGAGCGAAUAUUCCAGAAGAAGAGUUGUAUGCUCGAUCACCUGCAGACACGAGAACACCUCGAGGUUGGCUGGUAGACCUCGUAAACAGGUUUGGCAGCUUAAAUGGUUUCCAGGUUCUCCUGGAAAGGUUUCAAAGUGGCAAGAACUUGACUGUGACUGUGAUUUAUGCUUUGAUACGACCCUUUGGACUGUGUUAUGAACUGUUGACUGUGCACACAAUUGUCAAGUAUCUUAUGCCCAUUGUGGAAAUGGUGCCAGUAAUACUAGAUAAUUUGACUGAUGAUGAACUGAAAAAAGAAGCUAAAAAUGAAUCAAAAAAUGAUGCAAUAUCUGCAAUUAUUAAGGCUGCCAAAUGUUUAGUAUCACGAGUGCCUAAUCAAGAAGAAAUGGUGAAGAAUUUAGAAAUAUUUAGACUGAAAAUGAUUCUCAGAUUACUCCAGAUCUCAUCCUUUAAUGGUAAGAUGAAUGCACUUAAUGAAGUGAACAAAGUGAUUGCCAGUGUGACUUAUUACCCCCACAGGCAUACUGGAUUGGAAGAGGAAGAAUGGCUCACUGCUGAGCGAAUGGCAAAAUGGAUAAAAGAAAACAGAGUUCUGCAGAUUGUUCUGCGAGAUUCAUUACAUCAACCUCAGUAUGUAGAGAAACUUGAAAAAAUCUUGCGGUUCAUUAUCAAGGAACGUGCUCUUACUCUUGAAGAUUUGGAUAAUGUUUGGGCAGCUCAAGCUGGAAAACACGAAGCAAUUGUAAGAGAAAAUAGAAAAUAG